CCCCCGUCCUCCUUUAUCCCUCCUCAGCCCCUCUUUUAUGUCAGGCUUCCCGGCCGCCACUUUCUCACGGGGACACUGAGCCGUGGACCGCCACACGCCACGAUGAGUGGUCUUCUUCCCUGCCGCGCCCACGUCCUGCUGCUCCUCGUCCUCUUCCUGCUUCCUGUUCUGACAGGGACUAAGCGACAGCCCAACCAGGAAAAACCUAAUAAACCACGUCAGCCUCCAACAACAUCCCAACCAGCCAAGAGACCCAGGAACCGGUCUGUGCCAGGCUCCGGAGAGCUGACCACCAAGAAGGGUGACCGCUGCAUCUGGCAGACGUCCGGGGAGGUUCUGGUGUCGUUGCUGGUCAACUGCAGCUCCGAUACCCAGGGAACCCAGCCGAGAUACUGGUGCCGUUACGCUGGCAAACCGGACCUGUGCCAGGCCUACGGGGUGAAGUCCAGUCAGUACUGGAAGCAGCUGGUGGGGAAGCUGAAGAAAAGGCAGAACGCCUGUGAAGGAGAGAAAAUCCUGAAGGCCAAAACCUGCAAGAAGGCACCUGCAGAAGCCCACAUGAAGCUCGCCCAAAACAGCACGGAUGAGAGGAAAGGAGGGAAGGAAGGAGGAAAGAGGAAAGGAUCCACGGAGGGUCGGAACUCUGAUGGAGUGAAGGCAGAAAGGAUGAAGAAAGAGGAAGAGAAGAAGAAGAAGAAGAAGCUGGAGGAGAAGCUGGACGAGAACCCCGGCUCCAGGGAGGAUGGUGUGAUGAUGAGUGACAUGGAGCCGGUGCAGAGUUACUGCAGUGAAGGAUGGAACGCUGUCUGCUCCUUCUUCAUCAAGCUGUUUGAGGGCUGAUGGGAUUUUUUCUCUGUAAUUUAUACAGACAAGCUCAUAGUCUGAAAACCGUCCAGGUAAUGAAGCCCUACACCUUUAAUUUAAUAUGUUUAUACAUCACAACAAAUUAGAAAACAAACAGAAUAUUAAAUACAAAAAAUUCUCAUAAUAAUAAUAAUAAUAAAAGCUCUUUAACCUCGAUGUGAAAACUCUUAAAACAAGAAAAAUAUAAAACAAAUUACAUU